AUGGACAUGUUCAGAGAGAUGUUCAGCGAAUUUCGAUGCCAGGAGAAGCUGCCAGCACCCAGCAAGGUCGGACGACUGGGGACGACGGGGUUGGACCGCACUGCACCGGACGACUGGGCAGGUCCGCAACUGGGAGGUUGGUGGAUGAAUAGGCCGGCCUCGGUCCCAAAGGCGCCAGGCUGGAGAGACAUGGAACGCACAGACUGGACAGCCUUCUCAUUUUGCCAUCAUUCCGACACCUGUUGUGUUGGGGUGGAGCCGAUCAAGGUGGUGGAGGAUUUGCAGAAGCUGAACUGUGGCUGGUCGUCUCGCGCCGUGGACGCGCGCGGCCGGUCAACCGCGACCGGGCACGUCCAGGUACACAUUGCAGAGGCGACUGUGCCAUUGAGUUUGUACAUGAUCCCGCCCUUCAUGGGGCCAGAUGCCACCUACCAAGCCAAAUGCCGGUCCAAAUGCUCCCGCUCGCGGGUGGUGACCAAAGCAGGCGGCGGCGGGAGAUGUCCGGUAUUCUCAUCGAAUCUCGAGGUUUGUGCCCGUGCCGCCCUCCAACCUCAGGAGUUCUGGGCCAAGUACGACGGGUACGGCUGCAUGGCCUUCGAGGUUGGCGAGACGGGUUUCUCGGUACUGCACAAGGCCGCGGCCUUCGGUUGGCCACAACAGGCGCGGUUCUUGCUGGCCAAGAACCCAGAGAUGGUGGAGUCCAGGACCUCCGCUGGCCGCAGCGCGCGCGAGAUCGCCGAGAGUGCUGUGGCGUGGUGUUUGGCCAAGGGACGGAAAGAGGAGGAGCAGCAGCACCGCGAGGUGGCAGAGCUUUGCCACUCAGCGGAGCGCGGAGAAACCAUCGCCUUUAAGCUCGGCCCCACCUGA